AUGUUUUCUGACUGCUUGGCGUUGGCCUUCAUGGCCUUUGUGUUCAUUUUUGCCUUGGCCUGCAUAAUGUUGGAAAGAAGAAAUUAUAAUACUUCAGCAGCAAAAACGCCAAAAAGGAGGCCAAGAAGGGGCAAAAGAGUGACCAGAAGCCAUUGCGAAGAUCAUAACUUUCCUGCUCGGCGAGGGCCCGAAGAACACAGCGACGACGAAAGUUACAACCCGCGUGGAAAAAUAAUCAGGUAAGACUGCAAAAUUUAUUUAAUGGCUAUAAUCACCCUUCCCUUUCGUAUUACUGUCAUAUCGAUCAACUUAUCGAACGACUGGCUGAGGAAAAUUAAAAGCUGUUUAAGGUCAAUAACAGAGAGACUUCAGAUCAACACCUACAAAUUUAAAGCUUGCUUGAUUUCAAGUGGUCUUUUUAACAAAGCGAACAAUUGAAAAAGCGAAGAGGAGGAGGAACAAAAACGUUCAAAAGUCCUAAUGUAAAGUUUUUUUUUCUCUUUUUAGAAGUAUGUGAACAGAGGAUAGAUGUAACCAUGCGUAUUUCAAGAUAGACACAAAGAGGAACAAUUGAAAUUGAACAAUCUAACUGAAGUUAGAGGCAAUAGUAAAAUUUACGUAUGCCAAAUACUUGACUUAGUGAAUAAAUUUAUGAUAAACAUACUCGUGAAGGGAAGUUGUAAGUGCUGUUUACACUUUUAUUCUUGUCGACGGACAGCAGAAUUGCCAUAUUCUACUCAACGUAUUACGACUUAAACCGAUUUCGAAAAUGAGGACGAUUAUAUCAAUUAUUCAUUUCGUAGCCUACUCAUUUUGUAGCCUCUGCAUGAUUGGUUGUCAAUGACAUCACAGUGUCCGGAAAUAUCCGGGACUUCCCGAGAUAUUGAGCCCAAAUCGAAAUUAA